AUGCCGCAAAAGGGGAACCAUAAAAAUGACGUACACCAGCCUUUGACGGUAAACAAUUUUUUUCUUGUAUUCAGAGAAUUUGUCACUGCAUGGUUGAAUGAGAUCCUCUACUAUAAUAGGGUAUACGAUCCGUUAAUUUUUGAUGAUUACAAAGCAUUUGAGAUCCUAAUCCACAAGAAUCGACAUCCGCAUUUAAGUGAAUACAUUGACGACUUUGUCUUGAAUGUGAUAAACAACUUGAUAAUUAGUAAAAAACAACUGAAUGGAUUGCAAAGCAUAUCAUGUUCCAUAUACGAUACUGAAUCCGAGUCAGUAGUUAAGGUUUACACAAUCAAAUUUACCCAAUUCAUUGUAAAUUUGGAUAAAACAAUCACGGAACUUAAAGAAGAUUUAAUCAACGACACUUCUGCUUCUUUAAACGUUCCCGACCUCACGUGGCGGGAGAUACACACACAGUUUCAAACUGUGCUCUUCAAGCACUCGCAACAACUUAAGAAGGAUGCAGAAACUGUUUUUGUCAGCUCAAGCUCCAGCUCCAAUUUAAACAGCGGAGACACCACUAGGUCCACUGGUAAUAACUUUUUUUUCAAAAUCACAGUUGAUCUCGAUGCUCUGGUGUACCCUAAAAGUAGUGACUGGGUAAGAUUGGAAAAAAAUUUAAAAAGUAAAGAAGAAGUUUUUGAGACUACUGCGAAACUCAAAACCUGCGGCGAACUCGACUUGAGUGUCUUGUCGUUUGACCUUGUCAAUACCUAUUUUUCAGAAUGA